AAAUGAUUCACAGUUUAGUAAGAUUUGCAAUACAGUUUGUUCAGGACCUCCCCGCCUCCAGUUCCAAACCUCUAUCCACAAGCAGCUGAGGCUCACUUACACUGGCCUUAGUGAUCUCAUUCUAAUGCCUGUAAUAUAUAUAAAAUCCCGAGAUUAUCAACAGUCACAUAUGCUCUGAAACUAGGGGACACGUGGAUUGUCUUGAGGUUGGUUCCAUUGGUGUAGAAGGUCUGCAAGGAUUCCCCGGUGUCCACGUCCCACCACUUCAGAUAGCCGCCCGCAGUGUUUAUUAAGCACCUACUGUCUGCCAGGCACCAUACUAAGAACUGAGGCAAAAGGCAUUCUCUGCCUUCAAGGAGCUUACAAUCUAGUUGUGGAGACAACAUUCAAGCAAAUAGAUAUACAGCAAGUUCUAAACAGAAUAAAGAGGAAACAACAGAGGGAAGGCACUGGAUUUAAAGGGGGGUGGUGAAGGGGACAGUGAAGUGGUACAAUGGAUAGAGACCUGGGCCUAGAGUUAGGAAGACCUGGGUUCAAAUCUGACCUCAGAUACUUCCUAGCUGUGUGACCCUGGGCAAGUCACUUAAUCCCAAUUGUCUAGUCCUUACCACUUCUCCCUUGAUUCUAAGACAAAAGGUAAGGCUUUUUUAAAAAAAGACAUUGGAGCUAUUAGGAGAGUGGGGAAGAUGAUUCCAGAAGAGUAGGGGGAGACACCAAGCAGAGCUGAUAAUCAAUCAACAAGCUGCUAUACCCAGAUCUGCUAGAAGCUGAGUAAACACAUUGGAAGAAUGAAACCGCCUGUUUCAUUCAUCCAUUCUUUGGGCCUGAUGUCUCAGGUUGCUCACCUUUUCUUGUUUGUAGAUUUGAGACAACCUGCAGCCCCCCAUCCCUCCCAGGUUGGUUAAGGACCUGCGAUUCUUUUUGACAAAACUCUUCAUUCCAAAGAGAGCCCUAAUCCAUUGCGAGAGAGAAGAUGGUGUCCAGAGGGCUGAGCCUGGCUCCUUUCUGGACCCUAGGCAUCUGCUAAAGGGCCAUGGGUCAGGGGGAGGGUGAGAAACUGGCCUGAAGGGAUCCGGACAGCCCUGCCUGCUGGCCGAAUAGGAGAUGAGAAGACAUUUCAUUUACAAUGAUUGAAGGUUGAAAAGAUAGCACCCUUUUCUCUAGACCUUUAAGGCUGAGAGAGUGACCUUCUUCACAGCCAAGGCUGGGAGAUAUAAGAAUGAAGCUCCCCGUUAAACAGAUGAAGAGACCGCUUCAUGACAGAGAAAGACUUUUUCAAAAUGAAGAAGCUGGUUCUCCACAAUGGGCCUGCUGUGGGCCCUGGCCAUGAAGAUGGCCAUUGAGGAGAUCAACAGCUCGUCGGCCCUGCUGCCUGGCGUGUCCCUGGGCUACGACCUCUAUGACACGUGUACCCUGCCAAUGGUGACCAUGAAGCCCAGCCUCCUGUUUAUAUCGCAAAAGGGAAGCCGGGACAUCGGCGCCUACUGCAACUACACCCAGUACUGGCCCCGCGUGGUGGCAGUCAUCGGCCCCCACUCCUCUGAGCUUGCUCUCAUCACGGGCAAGCUCUUCGGUUUCUUCCUGAUGCCCCAGGUCAGCUACGGAGCCAGCACUGACCGGCUGAGCAGCCGGGCCAUCUUCCCAUCAUUCUUCAGGACCAUCCCCAGUGACCGGGUGCAGCUCCAGGCCAUAGUAGACCUGCUCAACUUAUUCAGCUGGAACUGGGUGGCAGCUGUGGGCAGCGAUGAUGAGUACGGCCGCCAGGGUCUCAGCAUCUUCUCCAGCCUGGCCAACAACCGGAGCAUCUGCAUUGCCCACGAAGGCACCCUGCCGCUGCCCAGGGCCCAGAACUCCCAGGAUCUGGGCAAGGUGGAGUCGAUCCUGCGGCAGAUUAACCAGAGCGCAGUGCAGGUGGUGGUCCUGUUUGCCUCCGAGGCUGCCGCCCGCAUUCUCUUCCAAUACUGCAUCCAAACCAAGGUGACACCCAAGGUGUGGGUGGCCAGCGAGGCCUGGCUGGUGUCCGAGCAGGUCACCAAACUGCCCGGCAUCCAGGGGGUGGGCACCAUCAUGGGGUUCCUCCUGCGGGGCGCUCCACUGCCCGAAUUUAACGACUACGUGGCCCGGUGCCUGGCCCAGGCUGCUGACAAGGCCUUCUGCGACUCCCUGGAGGAGGCUUUCCCCAACACAGAGGAUGACGUGGUCGGGCCGCAGUGUCCACAGUGUGAUGACAUCAGCCAUGAGAACAUCUCCUCUGGGCUGCAGCACCACCAGACGUUUGCUGUCUACGCUGCCGUCUACAGCGUGGCCCAUGCUCUCCACCUCUCCCUGGGCUGCACUAACUCUGGGUGUUUCUCCAAUAACCGCACGCGGCCCUGGGAGCUUGUGAGCAAGAUGUAUAACCUGAGCUUCCGCGCCCGCUCCCUUACCCUGAAGUUUGAUGACAACGGGAAUGUGGACAUGAUCUAUGACCUGAAGCUGUGGGUCUGGCACGAUAACAUGGACCCGGAGCUCCUCACCAUAGGCUCCUUCCAAGGGGACCUGAAGCUCAACCGAUCUCAGAUCCGCUGGCACAGCCCAGGGAAUCAGGAGCCUGUGUCUAGAUGUUCCCGGGAGUGUGAGGAGGGCCAGGUCCGUCGAGUCAAAGGCUUCCACUCCUGCUGCUACGACUGCCUUGACUGCCAAGCUGGUAGCUACAGAAAGAACCGAGAUGACCUGAUGUGCACCUCCUGUGCCUCAGACCAGUGGUCUCCUGAUCUCAGCACUCAAUGUUUUCCCCGGACCAUCAAGUUCUUGGGGUGGGGAGAGCCGGUGGUAGUUGUUCUGCUGCUGCUGAUGGUGCUGGCCGUGGGUCUGAGCCUGGGGGCUCUGGGGCUCUUCAGCUACCACUGGGGCUCCCCCUUGGUGCGAGCCUCGGGGGGCAGCCUCAGCUGCUUUGGGCUGGGCUGCCUGACCCUGGUCAGCCUCAGCGUCCUCCACUUCCCAGGCCGGCCCAGCUGGUUCAGCUGCUUGGCUCAGCAGCCCCUCGUCCACCUGCCGCUCACCGGCUGCCUCAGCACCCUCUUCCUCAAGGCAGCCGAGGCCUUCCUGGCAUCGGAGUUCCCGGGCCAGGCCGAGCGGCUGCAUGGCUGGCUGCACGGCACCCGGGCCUGGCUGCUCGUGGCCCUGCUGCUGCUAGCAGAGGGGGCACUCUGCACCUGGUACCUGCUCGCGUUCCCCCAGGCCCUGGAGACCGACUGGAAGACGCUGCCCCGGGAGGCCCUGGUGCACUGCCGCGUGAGCUCCUGGCUCAGCUUUGGCGUGGUGCACGCGGUCAAUGUGGCUCUGGCUUUCCUUUGUUUCCUGGGCACCUUCAUGGUGCAGAGCCAGGCCGGGCGCUACAACCUGGCCAGGGGCAUCACCUUUGCCAUGCUGGUCUACUUCAUCAUCUGGCUCUCCUUCGUCCCGCUCUUCACCAAUGUGCACAAGGUCUACCAGCCGGCCAUGCAGAUGACUGCCAUCCUGCUCAGUGCCCUGGGCAUCCUGGCCGCCUUCUACCUGCCCAAGUGCUACCUGCUCCUCUGGGAGCCGCACCUCAACACUCAGGAGUUCUUCCAGAGCUCUCUGGAGCUGGGACCUCGGGCCAGCGGAGAAGCCCAGGAAGAGAAGCCAGAAAAGAGAAGGAGCCAGUGAUGGGCUAGGGCUCGGCCCAGGGCACCCCCAGAUCCCGGAGAACUGUGGCUCUAACCCAAGAUCCCAUGGCCCACAGUUGCCCCAACCCCAGUAACAUCCUGACCUCAACGGUCAAUCCUGGUCAUUCCCUCUCUGGCCCCAAGAAGCCCCUGGCGACCCCCCUCUCCAAGUUCUGUGUAGCCUCUAAAGCAAAACUUCUUUCCCUAGGCUGUUCUAGGACUGUGGGUGUUUUUGUUUUAAUUUGAUAACUAUUUCAAUAUG